UCUUUGAGCAAGCAUUUGGGUUGGUGAAGAGUGAUGGAUAGUUUGGCCAUAAAAUUUCAGAUCAUUCCCUUUUAGGAUAGAAGUGUUUGGACUCUUGAGACCAAAUCUUAGAAGAAUUGUUCUUAUCUGGGGAUAAUUCUUAAGAUAAUUUAUCUACUUAAAAGACAGAGAGACACAGGAGACAUGUCUUGGGGAUGAUUUUCAGACCAAUUUUUGUACCUCCGAAAAGAAAGAAUGCCGGUGAUGCGUCUCUACAGUCUCACUGGUUUUUCGAUUGCAGGAUAGGAACUAAGUGCUACAUAUCUGUCAUCUUAGCAUUGGUCAAAACGAAUGUUUCAUUAGAAAGAUAUCUGAGUUCUGGUAUAUGCAGCUAUGAUGGAAGAUAUACAAGAAAAUUUGUUUCCUUCAUCCUUGCCUAAUGAACAACCGCUAUCAAUUGAUGAGGAACUGUGGCUGAUGGCUGAAGAAAGGGCCCAAGAGAUACUGUGUAUAAUCCAACCAAAUGUAAUUUCUGAGGUGAAUAGAAAGGAGAUUAUUGGAUAUGUCCAGAGGCUGAUUACUGGUUACUACGGAGCAGAGGUCUUCACAUUUGGUUCAGUCCCACUAAAAACCUAUCUUCCGGAUGGGGAUAUUGACUUGACAGCUCUCGGUCAUGAAAAUGCUGAGGAGGAUUUGGCCCAAACAGUAUUCAGUAUACUUGAAAGCAGUGACAACACUGAAUUCCAAGUGAAAGACGUACAGCAUAUACGUGCACAGGUCCAGGUUGUAAAAUGCACAGUAAAAGAUAUUGCGGUUGAUAUCUCGUUCAAUCAGAUGGCUGGACUCUAUGCUCUGCGCUUUUUGGAGCAGGUUGACCAACUUGUUGGGAAAAACCAUCUUUUCAAACGAAGUAUUAUCUUAAUCAAAGCUUGGUGCUAUUAUGAGAGCCGAAUUCUUGGUGCACACCAUGGCCUGUUAUCAACAUAUGCAUUGGAAACACUAGUUUUGUACAUUAUCAAUCGUUAUCAUUCAUCAGUGCGUGGUCCUCUAGAGGUGCUGUACAGAUUUUUGGACUACUACAGUGCAUUUGAUUGGGAAAGUUAUUACGUCAGUGUAGAUGGUCCUAAGGCCUUAUCUUCACUUCCAGAAAUUAAUGAGACACCAGACUGUGAGCGGGGUGGUUUUUUGCUCAAUAAAGAGUUUCUGAGAAAGUACAGAGAUAUGUGCUCUAUAUCAGCAAGAACAUACGAGACUACAACCCAUGAAUUUCCCACCAAGCAUAUGAAUAUUUUGGAUCCUCUAAGAAAUGACAACAACCUAGGCCGUAGCGUCAGCCGAGGAAACUUGCAUCGAAUUAGAUUUGCUCUAUCCUUCGGUGCCCGAAAACUUAAGGAGAUCCUUACACUACCAGGAGAAAAGAUGGGUGCAGCACUAGAGGGGUUUUUCAUGAACACUUUGGACAGAAAUGGGAAAGGACAAAGGCCAGAUAUAGAAGUUCCUGUUCCUGCAUUUGGUACUGGAAGAUCUGAAGAAUCUGUCCUCCUUGGAGAUUGUGAAAGUUACUAUGGUGCUCUACGCUAUGUUCAGUUGCAUCGUAAGCAUGCCAUGCCAUUUGCUGCAUAUCCAAGCACACGAUUAUCAGCUGCUCAGGCUGACAUCCAUGCGGUAUUGACGCAGCAAAACUGGAACGUGUCUUAUAAAAGGAGUAGUAACGUAUAUGUACCAAUACACACCGAUGUAUAUGUCCCGAGAAGCACAGAUGUCUAUGCCCCAAUUCAAAAUGAUGUAUAUGUCCCUACAAAGAUUGAUGUAUAUGCCCCAGCACAGACCGAUGUAUAUGGCUCAACACAGACAUUCUAUUGUCCGAAAGCUUCACAAGCUAGUUACAGCUUUGAAGAAACAGGAAAAUCACGAGGAACUGGCACAUACAUACCUGACGUGGCUCAUAACCCCCAAUGGGAUACGCGCAUAAAGGGGAACAAAUCAAGGAGAUAUCGUCCUGCGAAGCAUAGUGUAUCAACCAAAUCACCUCAGAAAAAGCAACCAUCUGAGGAGGUUCAUUCCGACGAGACACCUGAUGCAAAUGGCAAUUCAAGGUCAUUUGAGCUUGCAAAUGAAGAAUUCCCAGUUCUUGCAAACAUUUGCCAGGAAAGCAUGUCAGAAGCCCAGGAGCCUGUCUCUUUCAAUAUCUCUGAGCAGGCCAGGAGUUCUUCCUCAUCCGAACUCAUUCUGGAGUUUGGAACUUACAGGAAUUCAGAGGCACCUAAAGAAUCAAGCAUGCCAACAAAGGGUAAGAAAGAAAAUUCUGAUGUUCCAUCAUCUGAGGGAAGGUCGGCUGGUUGUUCCGGGGUGGCAGUACAGAGUAGAAAAGAAUAUAUUGAGAAUGAUAAGAAGAGAGAUUGACAGUAUCUAACUUAGAGACAAGAUAUAUUUUGUAGAAUACACAGGAUAACAUCAGUUGAGUUUAUAUUGCACAGCUUUGUUACUGCAACUCUGAUAAUACCAAAUUUAAGGUGAUAGUCAAUUUCUCCAUUUCUUUUUAGAAUUGUUUCUUUCUCCUAUUGAUAGUUCGGGCCUCAAAGCCUAAGCCAUUGGUAUGUUGGUAAUCUUGGAAAUCAUUAUGUUGACCCAACAAAUAACUCAAAACAAUUACCAUUUUAUAUAUUUAUAUUAGAGAAAUAUU